AAUCAAUUCGCGAAAUUCCUGCAUUGUCAUAAUAAAAACCUCAUUUUUCUUGGUCAGUACAAAAACAAAGCAGAUUGAAUAGAAAAAACGAAAUAAAUGUGGUCCGCACGCAUCACACAGCUUGUUUUUAUUUUUGUUCUUCAUCACUCACUGCACUGUAGGGAACUACGGUUACAUGAAAAAAAGGGUCCCACAAUGAAGAACGAGAAGCCGCUUCAUCCAGAGUAUUUUAAUGUCUUUUUGCUUAAAUCAUCCCCAACAGGAAAUUUACCAGAUGCUCCAAAGAGACCGUUUUGUUUUGUUUCUGUUUAAUAAUGACCAAUUCGGUGGUCAUUUCAUCAUUGCUUAUUGAAGCUCUUUCACUUUAUACUCUCUGUUUCUUGUUUUCAUCGGAUCUCGGAUUUGUCAAUUUCUUCGAAUUUAGUCGAUGGCCACCACCGCUAGGUUCUCCGGCUCGUAUGAUAUCAGCAACACAACAAGCGGCAACAGCUUCUUCGCCGAUUCGUCUAUUGAUGAUUAUGCCACGGAGUUUCUCACCGGACCGGAGGUUUCGGCGUUGCAGCUGCUCUCCAGCUGCCUCGAGUCCGUCUUCGACUCGCCGGAAACAUUCUACAGCGACGCUAAGCUAGUUCUCGCCGACGGUAAAGAGAUAUCCUUCCACCGCUGCGUUCUCUCGGCGAGAAUCCCGGUGUUCAAGAACGCGUUAGCCACCACCGUGAAGGACACAAAAUCCUCCGCCGUGAAGCUCGAGCUGAAGGAUAUCGCGAGGGAUCACGAAGUCGGUUUCGAUUCCGUUGUGAGUGUUUUAGCGUACGUCUACAGCGGCAGAGUGAGGCCACCGCCAAAGGGAGCUUCUGAUUGCGUAGACGAUGAUUGCUGCCACGUGGCUUGCCGUCCGGCUGUUGAUUUCAUGGUGGAGCUUCUCUACUUGGCUUACGUUUUCCAGAUUCCGGAAUUAGUUACUCUCUAUGAGAGGCAAUUCUUGGAUAUUGUAGACAAAGUUGUUGUAGAAGACAUCUUGGUGAUAUUCAAGCUUGCUGAUAUCUGUGGUAAAACAUACAAGAAGCUUUUGGAUAGAUGCAUAGAGAUUAUUGCCAAGUCUGAUGCUGAAACCGUUACUCUUGACAAGUCCUUGCCACAACACACUGUCAAACAAAUCACCGACAUACGCAGAGAGCUCGGUCUAGAGCCACCGGAUAUAGAUAAACACGUCAUGAACAUAUACAAGGCCCUAGACUCGGACGAUGUGGAGCUUGUCAAGAUGCUUUUGACAGAAGGACACACGAAUCUAGAUGACUCCUACGCUCUUCAUUUCGCCGUCGCGCACUGCGACGUGAAGACCGCGUCUGACCUAAUAGACCUGGACCUCGACCAUAGAAACCCGAGGGGUUACACUGCGCUACACGUUGCUGCGAUGAGGAACGAGCCGAAGCUGAUAGUGUAUCUGUUGACGAAAGGCGCAGACGCAUCAGAGACGACGUUUGAUGGUAGAACCGCUCUAGUGAUCGCGAAACGGCUCACUAAAGCGGCUGAGUAUAAUACCGGUACGGAGCAAGGCAAGCCUUCUCUGAAAGGUGGCUUAAGCAUAGAGGUGCUAGAGCAUGCACGCAAGCUAGGUCGGUUGCCUAGAGAAGAUUCACCUUCUCUUCCAGCGACUCCUAAUGAACUGAGGAUGAGGCUGCUCUAUCUUGAAAACAGAGUUGCAUUGGCUCGACUUCUGUUUCCAGCGGAAGCAGAAGUUGUAAUGGAUAUCGCCAAACUUGAGCAAACGUGCGAGUUUACAGCUUCUAGUCUCGAGCCUGAUCAUCACACUGGUGCAAAGAGGACAUCGUUGGACCUAAACAGAGCACCUUUCGUAAUCCGAGAGGAGCAUUUGUGUAGACUAAGAGCGCUUACUAAAACCGCGAAAUUUGGGAAACGAUACUUCCCACGAUGUUCGCUCGACCACUUUAUGGACACCGAGGAUUUGAAUCAUCUGGCUUGCGUAGAAGAAGACACUCCUGAGAAACGGCUACAGAAGAAGCAAAGGUACCUGGAACUAGAACAGACUGUGAUGAAGACCUUCAGUAACGACAAUGAGGAGGAAUUUGGAAAGUCUUCAGCAUCCAAGUCAGUAACGUCUAGUGGCAAACGAGCCUCUCAUCGGCGCCUAUAGGUGGACAAAAGGAAUUUCGAGAAAAGAUCUUGCGGAAACGGGAACGGAACACCAUGUCCCGUUUCACUCCCGCAACUAAAAUAGAACUUGUCUUGUUUGUGUCACAAGUUUCAAAUAAAUUGAAACGGGACGAGAUUUUUGCUCACUCCUUUGAGACUCUUUGGGCAGUUUUGUUGUAUAUAAAAUAUCUGUCUUCAUAUAAAUUUUUUGUCCUUCACUUUACACCCUGUGUAUACUAGCUGCAGGUGUAUUUGAGUAUUUCAAACAAAUGUUGUAAUUUUUCAACCAGUGUGUAUAUUAUAUUGUUUUGGCAAACAUACUCUCU